CUGAUUGUUUUCAGCAAGGAUCAAUUUCCGGAGGUUUAUGUCCCGACCGUUUUUGAAAAUUAUGUUGCCGAUAUCGAGGUUGAUGGGAAGCAAGUGGAGCUUGCCCUUUGGGAUACCGCAGGCCAAGAGGAUUACGACCGUCUCCGGCCGUUGUCAUAUCCUGAUACGGAUGUUAUACUUAUGUGUUUCUCAAUCGACAGCAUGGACAGUCUUGAAAAUCUUUCAGAGAAGUGGUACCCCGAAGUUAAGCAUUUCUGCCCCAACGUGCCAAUUCUUGUGGUAGGAAACAAGCUGGACUUACGAAAUGAUGACAGAGCGAUCCAUGAGCUCACCAAAAUGCGACAAGAACUUGUAAAACCCGAGGCUUGCCGGCUGAUGGUGGAAAAGCUGAAUGCCUACGCGUACCUUGAAUGCUCCGCCAAGACGAAGGAGGGUGUGAGGGAGGUUUUCGAGGCCGCCACUCGCGCCGCAUUGUAUACCAAACGAAAAGGGAGAAAAACCUGCGAUACUCUAUAG